UUCGAUCAUGUGUAAUGCAAUGGGAGGAAUCAGGAUUGACCAUUUGCCCCUGAUUGAGUUUGCUUACAACAAUCAGUACCAUAGUAGCUUGGGUGUUCCACCAUAUGAAGCACUUUAUGGGAGGAAAUGCAGGACACCAUUAUGUUGGGAUGUAGAAGGAUCAGGGCAAAUCUCAGGGCCAAAGAUAGUUCAGAUCACCGUUGACAAGGUCAAAGAAAUCAGGGAGCGUUUGAGGGUGGCUCAAGAUCGGCAGAAAGUUUACGUUGACACGAAUAGGCGUGAAGUUAAUUUCGAAGUGGGUGAGAAAGUAUUUCUCAAAGUGUCACCAUGGAAAGGAGUGAUGAGAUUUGGUAAUAAAGGGAAACUUGCACCUCGGUAUAUUGGACCCUAUGAAAUCACAGAGAAGAUUGGUCCAGUGGCAUAUAAACUAGCAUUGCCUCCAGAGCUAUCCCAAAUCCACAAUGUAUUUCAUAUUAGUAUGCUAAAGAGGUACAAAGUGGAUCCUUUCCAUGUAAUACAACCAGAGGAGAUCGAGUUACGCCCAGAUUUGACUUUUGAUGAGGUUCCAGUUCAUAUUGUUGAUCACCAGAUUAAGAAUCUUCGUAGGAAGGAAAUCCCAAUGUUGAAAGUGGUUUGGAGAAAUCAAGAUAGUGAGAGUGCUACCUGGAAGACUGAAGCGAGUAUGCGAGAGAAGUACCCUGAGUUAGUAGCAACCUACUUUGCAGGUUAACAAUCUUGCCUAAUAAGUUAUGUUUUGAACUUGUUGACGUGCUUUUGUUGUGAUAACCCGAUAUAAGUUUUUGAAACCGUAUAUUGGGAACAUGAGGUGUUAUGUGUUUAGUUAUGUAAUUCAGAUCUCCUAACCUAAGAGUUAGGUAAUAACCUUAUGUACGAUCGAUCAUGUUAAGGAUAAGUAAGCAGACUUAAGGUAUGACUCAAGGAUAGAUUUCGGGGACGAAAUCUUUUAAGGAGGGGAGAAUUGUAACAUCCCAUUCCGACAAAUCCCAUAUUUUCGAUCGCUAGAAAGUUCGCGAUUUAAAAUCGAGCGUUUUGACAGUAUUUUGGCGAAAAUCGGAUUAUCGAUCGAUCGGAUAAGUAUACAUAUUAAUUGUAUAUAUAAUAUUAGUAGGGGAAGGUUAAACCGGUGUUUGAACGACCAGAACUGGUGAGGGAUUAGCACGGCAUACCGGGUUUGUCGUAUCAAGAGAAUUAUAUUGAUGCUUAGAAUUGACCUAGGUGAACUAGAAUGGCAUGAUUAAGGGUGUAUGAACUUUUGUGCUAUAUGAUGAACCAUGGACUACUGUAUGAUAUUAUUGAAUUGGCCUAAUCGAGAUGGACCUUGUUUAUGCUGAUGAUUUCAUAUAUGUUGCAAAUUGUGGGCUUGACUGUUGAUAUGCCUUAUGAUGGUUCUAAAAGGUGAUUGGGUAUGAUUUUUCAUGAUUGUUGUAUUUGGAUGCACAUGUGGGAAAAUAUAUAUCCCCUGGUGAUAUUAUGAUUUUUAAGGAGGAUGACUUUCACGAGGAUUUAUCCUGAGGAAGUGCAAUUAUACGACUCCUGAUUUACCUAUGUUGAGCCAAUUGUGGCCAGGUCAAGUUCAUGUGCAAGUAACGAAUUAUGAUUUAGCAAGAUGAGAUAUGGAUCAUGUAUAAGGAUACCAAGUAAGAGUACUUUGGUCUCAUGGUCAAUUAGAUAGUAAUUAGGGCUCCCCAUGCUAUUACUCCGUUAUGAUAUGUUAUGUCACACCCCUGAUGUGGUGUUCACCGUUGAUUCAUCAUGAGAUAUGACCAUACCCAGAGUGAUGUCGAGUCUGAUAUGACCACACCCAGAGUGGUGUCAGGUCCGAUAUGACUACACCAACAGUGGUGGGUCUGAUAUGACCACAUCCACGAGAUGUUUGGUCCGUAUGCCCGGGAGAGUAAUUAGCAUGGGAGUAGUCAGGCGCCUAUAAGUAAAACUUGAUAAGAUGCAUAUGCAUAAGUCAAGGUGGUUGAGUCUUUUGCCUAUUGGGAUAUGAGGAUGAAUGAGGUCUGAUCCUAGUAUUUUGGCUUGAUUUCUAAAUGUAUGGUAGGGGUAUGCUUUGUUAUGAACUCACAAUGCAAUGAUUGUCUCACUCACCCAUGAGUUGACCCUCUUUUAUUCUUCUUCUCUGCUUAUGCUAUGUGUAAGCAGAUCAUCAGCAGCAGCAGUAGAUAAGUGUUAGGUGGGAGAGGAGCUAGAGUUGAAGCCAUGAUGAGGUAUGGUCUUCAACUAUUCCGUGCUUGGACUACUACUCCGGAUUUUGGCCAGUGAUCCACACCUUUUUGUAAAAAUGUUUUGAGAACGUUUUUCAUGAGCAUACUAGCUUCUGAUGUAGUGUGAGAUAUCCACAGGUGUGGAAAGUUUAUGAUAUGUGUAUAUGUUGUGUAACUGUGUAAGUUAUGACGAUUAUGGUAUGCAGUUGUGGAGUAUGAAAAGUGUGACUAUGGCUAAGAAAAGCCAAUGCAUAUGGUUGUGAGUAUAUAUGUUUGUGAUGAAUUAUUUUGCAGGUUUUAGUUACAAGAACUGUUAGCCCAUUACGCGAGUAAUUCAUGUCGAAAUUUUAUUUUGGUAAAUUUUGAUAAUUAAUGUAACACUCGAGAUUAUUUCCCUUGCAAUUGUAUGAACAAUAUGAUUAGGUAAUACGUAUAGGGUAGGGUGUUACACUUAGCAUCCUUAGGUUUGUGUAUUUUGGUUCUUAGCAACCUAAGGAUUUUGCAUAAUUGUGCUUAGUACCCUAGGUUUGUGCAUGUUGGUGCUAGAAAUCUAAUUAGCCACCUUAACCUAGCUUAGAGAGGAAAAUCCCCCUUCCAAGGGAGACUCAAUCGAGUUGGUUUUCCUUCGGCUUUUAAGCCACCUAACUAAGUUAAUUUAGGGCAAACUCAGUGUUGAAUUAAGCAAAUAGGUCAAUUGUGAUUAAGCCGUCUGACCUUUGAGUUAAGUGAGGGAGUAAGUCAAUGACUCACUUCUACUGUCACUCUAGGAAUUGGCCAAGUGAAACCACGUCCUAAAGUGUAGUAUAGCGGGUUUGGGUUUUAAUGUCAACCCGGGUCCUAGAUUUGAUGACUACUCGGUGAAUUCUUGUUAUCUAGCAAUGAAACUUUAAUGCAAGU